AUGGUGGAGUAUUCCUCGAAUUCUGGCAGUCUUGUCCCUCUGCUGGGCCCUCUGCUGGCAGAAAGCCAUGGUCACCACCUGCCCAUCAAGGGUCUCCAUGUAUCUCCGAAAAACGGAAUAAAAUUCGUCCGCUGUUUGAGACCCGACGAUUCUGCCUCGCCCCUGAAAACGCUGGAUUUUAAUGUAACGCCUCCUGGGGCGGCACAAAGCUCCUCCAUUGAAUAUGAGUCGAGCAGAGUGAUACAAGAGGCUCUUGAUACUAUAAUCAUGGGGAACAAGACAACUAUUUUAAUUGCCCACCGAGCUGCCAUGAUGAGGCAUGUUGACAACAUAGUUGUACUUAAUGGAGGGAGGAUUGUUGAGGAAGGUACCCAUGAUACACUGAUGUCAAAAAAUGGUUUGUAUGUCCGCCUGACGCAACCUCACUUUGGGAAGGGAUUGCGUCAGCAUAGGCUUGUUUAA